GUCAGGUCGAGAAUCGUGCAGAGCAUACAUACAAUAUUUUAUUGCUGGUUUUGGUGGUAAAUUUGCAUUUGUUAAUGGCCGUGGCCAGACGUGCCAGCUUUUUAACACACACACAAAAAAAAAAUAAAAAAUAAAAACAACAACAAUGAAAACUGUUCAUCAAGUGUUUUUUAUCUAUUGACUAUCCCCACAUGUAAAAAUAAAUAUUGAAACUAAACCAAAAUGUAUGCUAAGUACGAUAUAGCACAUAAGACUGCCAUUUUGCCGCGCGUGUAUCUGUAUCUGUAUCUGUAUCUGUAUCUCACUGACCAACUACCGCAACUGCAACUGUAACUGCAAGCGCAAACUGCACACACCUCAACCUCAGCCUCAAGCUCAUGUUAAAAUUAUAAACAUAAAAAAAAAAAAACAAAUAGAGCGCUAUCUAUCGCUCGCUCGCCUCCAUAAAUGCCAACUUAUAUAUCUAUAUAUAUUGUAUUAUUCCUCGUACCGCCUACCAACUACUACUACCAACAACUACAACAACAACAACCACCACCACCACCAUCAACAACCAACAACAACAUUCUACUGCAACUUGGCAAAAGACUCGGCUUUAGAUUCUAUAAAUGAACAAAACAAAGUUUGAAUAAACAAAUUACUAGAAACAACAACAACAACAACUAAGUCUCAAGCAGCAGCAGCAACAGCAGCCGCAACAUGCUGAACUCCAAUGCGAAUCAUUCGGGCAACAGCCGACGGCCAUUUUCUCGUAAUUCCUCAUCGGCGCGUUCCCAGCGCGGCCGCAUGGUCUACUCGCCGCAUCCACACGGACAGCAGCAGCAGCAGCAGCAACAACAACAGCCGCAGCAGCGGAAUAACAAUAACAACAACAACAAUGGCCUUGUGCCGGGUCAUAGUCCCUGGUGCAAUGUCAAUCUGAAUCGCCACAAUAAUGACAACAGCAGCAACAACAACAACAACAACAAUGCCAACAAUAACAAAGACGCAAUCGAUGGCAGAAACUCAAAUUGCGAUGUACAAACAAGUAAUUCUAGCGGAACUUGUAUUUAUAACAAUAGCAAAACGCAUCAUCACAACAACAGCCUUAACCUCAAUCACAGUCGCAAUGCCCCACAAAACAGUCAUCAGUCGCAAGCCCAACAUAACCACACACAGUAUAACAGUAACAGUAACAAUAACAGUAACAGUAACGUUAAUCAUAACAGUUAUCAUCAUUCAAUUACCAACACUGCACACAAUAACAACAAUUGCACUGAUAACAUUAGCAGCAAUAAUCUGAAUAGUUUACGAACACCACACAAUGAAAACCACAAUCCCAAUCAGUGCCCCAAUCCCAAUCAGAACCCAAUUGUGAAUCACGGCUUUCACAGCUAUAUUGAUAUGUGCAACAGUGCGCCGAGUGCGCCGCCCGCUUUUGGUUCAAUGUCCGUGUCCGUUGUUAGACUGAAUCCAGCACGCUUAUGUUUAACUGUUGCCGCCCCGCCCACACCCACGCUCAUGCCUAUACCAAACCCAAAUCAGCAGCGCCGUAGCACGCCCCUUGCCCUGCUAUCCCUUCCAGCCAAUCACGAUAACAAUCAUGUCCAUAAUUUCAAUCAUAAUCAUCAAUAUCACAGCACCCAUCACAGCUACAACAAUAACAACAACAACCAACAUCACCAACCACACCAACAACAACAACAAGAACAACAUCAACCGACUAAUCGCCAAUCCCUCCCGCUAACACGUACGAAUUCAAAUUCAACAACCGCAACAACUUUCAAUUCAACCAAUACAACAACAAAUAGUAACCCUACUGAUGUUGUGAAUGUCAAUUCUUGUACCGAUAUAAUUCCUCAUGGGUCGUCUGCGCCACAACAACAACAACAACACCAACAACCACAACGACAACCCCAACAAAUGUGUUCACAACGACAACAACGUCAACGACGAUCUCAAACCCAACAACAACAACUGUCGCCGUCGCCUCUUAUGAUAAACCACAACCAAUUGACUGAUUCUCAUAUUAACCACGCACCUAUCAAUAGCCAUAGCCAAGGACCUUCUGGCCCACAGGCAGGACCAACGGGCCAUGGGCAUCACAGCCAACGCAACUACAACAAUCGCAACGGCAACAACAACAACAACAUUAUCAUCAACAGCAACAGCAGCAACAAUACGAAUGGGCUAAGCAAUGGCAACAAUCCCGAUUACAUGAAUUAUCGUCGAGCUUGCCCCGCUUUGUCCCGCGACUAUCAGCAACAUCACAACAACAACAACAACAACAAUGGUAACAACAACAACCAUCCGGGCAAUGGUCACAACAACAACAAUAACAAUCGGCGUCACAAUGGAAACUACGAUAGAAAUCCAAACAAUAAUCACUUUGGCAAUGGCAGCUCGGAACAGGGUCUGGAUCAUAGAUCAGAUGGUGGCUACAGCUUUAUGCGCAGCGGCUAUGGCCGGAAUGGUCCACACUAUCAGCACAUGGGCAAUGGUUAUGGCAAUAACAAUGGUGCCUCCACAUCCGCCGCUGGUCCAGGUUUAAUGGGCGAUGUGCCCUCCGGCUCUGGUUUGUCUGGCUCCACACUUUCGCUUAACAAUGGGCUCGGACCUGGUCCCAACGGGCUUAACUCGGACAGUCCAUCGCGCAAGCGUCGCCGCAUUUCGGGACGACCAAGUCAAUCGCCGCCAGCCAUUUGGGAACCGCGGCGCUCACAACGUGUCAUGAUGCAACAAGGCAGUCCACCGCUGCGUCGGCCACGCCUGCGUGAUGUGGCCACCUCCACCCAGCAGCAGCAGCAACAGCAGCACCAGCAGCAAUACGCACCACAGUUGCACCACUCGCAGCAACAACAGCAGCAGGCGCCACCCAACUACCAUCCAAUGCAUCAUCAUCAGCCACAGCCGCCGCACUAUGCGCCGCAGCAGCAGCAGCAGGCACCGCAUCCGCAUCCACACCCGCACACGCACACGCAUCGCUCACCCUGGGAUCUGGCCGGCAACGUGCCGUCGGUGGGAAAUGCCGGCGGCAAUGUUGUUGGAGGGCCGCCCGCUAACAACUCCGUUGGCGCGAUAUUGCAGCAGGUACCGGCACCGCCGCAGGCUCCCACUCAUCAGCAGGGAGUGAACGCUGGGCCGCCACCACCGCCACCCGCCUCGGUAAUGGUUGACCUCAAUUUGGCGCUGCGCCAUGAGCCCAUCUGGGCCUCCUUUUGCACGUAUCCGCUGCCAGCACAGGCGCGUCUGGCGCCCUGCCAUCUGCACGGCAUCUAUACGCAGCCCUUCUCGGCGGCGCCCGCCGGCCUGGCCGCCGCCCCACUACAGGUGGCCCAGGUGCCGACGCCCACACAGGUGGCGGCUGCUGCGGCCGCGGCACAGCACAUGAUACAGCAGGCAACGAUUACGGCACAGCAGCAGCAACGAGAUGUGACCGCGAUUGCGGUGGCUAAUUUAACAUUAACUGAGCCGCCCAGUGCACAUCAUCUGGACGGGCAUCAGGCAGCCGCUGCAGCGGCGGCAGCAGCAGCCGCAGCAGCUGCUGCAUCUGUGCCAGUGGGUGGACAAGCGCCGCAUCCGCAUCCACAUGCACAUCAGUUGCCGGCAAGUCACAUCCACAUCGCUUCGAUGAACGCCGCCGCUGCGGCUGCCGCACAGCAUCUACAUUCCAAUGCCGCGGCGGCGGCAGCUGCUGCCCAUGUUACCCAGAUGUCAGCGGCGGCAGCACCGCAGCAGAUAAUCAUAUCAUCGGAGCGACGCACAUUCCCGCCACAUAGGCGUUUACCGCGCUUCUGGCCGGCAAAUCAUGGUCCUCAUCGGCAUGUCCUGCCGCCGCAAUCGUUGGGACCUCAUCAGGCGCCCGUGCAGAUCCAAACCACCGCUGGCAUUAUCAAUCCAGGCUUCUUGCUCAAUUUCCUGUAUGUCCUUUUUAGCAUUAAUUUAUUUUUAUCCUUCACCAUCUUGCUUGUUUGCAGUGCCAUGUUCCCGCUAUCUCCCUAUAACCAGCACGAUCUGAGCUCCGCGGACACCAAUGAGACGGAGAACUAUGAGGCGCUGCUCAGUCUGGCCGAGCGUCUGGGCGAGGCCAAGCCGCGCGGUCUCACACGCAACGAAGUUGAUCAGUUGCCCAGCUACAAGUACAAUCCGGAAGCACAUAAUGGCGAUCAAUCCUCCUGCGUGGUCUGCAUGUGCGACUUCGAGCUGCGGCAGCUACUGCGCGUUUUGCCCUGCUCCCACGAGUUCCAUGCCAAGUGUGUGGAUAAAUGGCUGCGCUCGAAUCGCACGUGCCCAAUUUGUCGCGGCAAUGCCUCCGAUUACUUUGACAGUGCCGAUCAUCAGCAACAGCAACAGCAGGCGCAGGCAGCAGCUGCCACUGCGGGCACAACCACAAUAUCUGGCAACGCUGCCACGGUUACCAGUAAUCCGGCAGUGUCCGUUGCAGCAACCGGCGCCAACUCGCAGCAGAGUCAGGCCGCUUAGGGCAAUGCUUGCAACAAAGACAACACAACCAUAACCAAACGCUUUCGCCACGUUGUCCAGGUGCAGCAAGUAAUGGAGCACACACGCAAACAUAAACAACAACAAAACACUCACGGAUAGCCUAUUUAAAUAAUUGAUAUAACGCGCAACGAAUCCAACUGCCAAAACGCUUCCCUUUAAACCAGAACACUUCAAUAGCUUGUCGUAGCACCCUACUUAGGCGGUAGUUGUAUGUAAGUAACGGUUAAUGGUAAAUGGUUUAAAAAAUACAGUUAUUUGUAACAACAAUGUAAUUAUAAUCAAAUAUGCAUACCACCAAGAUUUCAUACGUACAUAAGGAAUACACAACAUAAUAUGCACAAUUAUCGAUAACAUAAUCGAUAGUUUUGUUAAAUGUGUUUAAGACGAGAAAGCUGAAAAACUAAAAAUCAAUUCAAAAUGUACUGUUUUUUAUGUAGUACAGUGCAAGUUCAAACAAAAACAAAAUUGAAAAAAAAAAAAAAACUGAGUCAAUAAUGUAAUUCGGGUGACAUUUUGGUCUCAGCUGCCGCCUGUGCUUAUAUUUUCCUUAUGCAUUACAUUGCAACAGCUUCAUUAAAAACGAGUGCAUACUAUAUAUACAAAACAUACAUUACCUAUACUAAAUGGUGUAUUUUAAAAUGUUGCUGUCCACAUACAUACACACACAUAUAUAUAUUAUAUUAAUUAACACUAUA